AUGGCUCUUAAAAUAUCUCUACUUGCCCUUGCGGUACUAGCCCGACUGGCAUCUGCCGCUCCGGCUUCCAGCUCAUCCACGGAAGCCGAGGCAGGAUUACGUCUAGUGAAAACCUCAGAGGAUGAUCCUGGCCAGUGGGUCAGCGAAGAGGCCAAAUUCGAACUCUUCACUUCAAAGGGCCUUGGAUUCAUCGAUAUUACAGACAUCAAAGACGCCGAAGUCCUUGCGGCCCUGUCGACCAAGCCUGCGAACUCGGCUGGGGUUCAAGCAGUCGAAUACCCAUCCGCAUUAGCACACAUCGAGGAGGCGAAUGCCCUGAUUGAUAGCUCGAGUACCGACGGUCCAAAGGAGUGGCUUGAGCAUCUUGCGUCAUACCGAACCCGACAUUACCAGUCUCCGACCGGCAAGGAGGCUUCUGACUGGCUGUUUGCGAAAGUUACUGAGAUCGCAUCUGCCAACACGGCCAUCACCGUGGAGAAGUUUGAGCACUCGUUCGACCAGCCGUCUAUCAUUGCCCGCCUUCCAGGAAAAAGCGAUGAGCUUGUAAUCCUCGGGGCCCAUUAUGACUCCACCUCUGGCAAUGCCACCAGUGUGUCCCCUGGUGCUGAUGACAAUGCGUCAGGCAGUGUUGUAGUUCUCGAGUCCCUUCGAGUCUUCGCCCAAGCUGGUUUCGCCCCAGAGAACACACUCGAGUUCCACUGGUACGGCGGUGAAGAAGGCGGUCUUUUGGGUUCAGCCGACGUGUACAAGGCGUACAAGAAUCAGAACAAGACUGUGGUAUCCUUUGUGAACCAGGACAUGGCUGGCUACUCGGCGAGUGGGACUGCCGCCAUUGUCGAGGAUUACACAGACCCGGGUCUGAAUGCGUUUGUGAGAAUCCUCGCGACCCAAUACCAGACCGGCGAGCCUCUUGAGCCCAAUGCCUUCUCGUGCGGAUAUGGAUGCUCUGAUCAUGCCUCUGCAACUGCCAAUGGAUUCCCUUCGGCCUUGCUUUUCGAAGACUUCGAUCCAAACACCAGCCCAUACAUCCACACACCUAAUGAUGCCCCAAAUACCAUCAUGUGGCCAACAGUUCAACGACAUUUCCACUUUGCCAUUGGCUAUCUAGUCGAAGCCUCAUACAUCUAG